UACACUGCUGUGUUUUACUCUCCACUGCAGGUCGUCUUUCUCCAAAUCCUCUGUUAUUUGAGGACCUGUUUGAGGACCAUGGGCAUCAUGGAAAUCUUCUCGUCCAUCAAAAACCGAGUGGACAACUUUAUGAACGAGAAGAACGUUGUGACAGAUUUUCUGGCGAAGUUGGAGGAGAAAACAGGGAUAAGGAAGAAGAUCAUUGUAGUGGGUGCCGUCUCACUGACAGGACUCUACCUGGUGUAUGGAUAUGGUGCUGCCCUCCUCUGCAACAUGAUUGGUUUUGUCUAUCCAGCAUAUUAUUCAGUCAAAGCCCUCGAAAGUCCGACCAAAGAAGACGACACAAAAUGGCUGACAUACUGGGUGGUGUAUGGUGUCUUCAGCCUGGGCGAGUUCUUCUCCGAUAUUUUCCUCUUCUGGUUCCCAUUCUACUAUGCUUUUAAGUGUCUUUUCCUGUUGUGGUGCAUGGCUCCGAUAGCGUGGAACGGCUCCCAGAUAAUCUACAACAAAGUGAUUCGCCCCGUCUUUCUCCGCCACGAGGCGAUGGUGGACAACAUGGUGAGCGACAUCGGCGGGAGGGCCAUGAGUGCCGCCGAGAACCUCACCAGAGAAGUCCUGUGCACUCUGAUGAAGAACAAAGCUAUGGUGACUCCAGUGCUGUCGACCACUCAACCUGAAGUCAAAAGUUUACCGAGUUCAUCAACAGCUGUAGUAGCUCCAUCAGAGUCGAGUGAAGAACGACCAACCUUCAGAUAGCAGCAGAAGAAGAGGAGCAGAGAGCGAAGAUUUGUCUCUUCAUCAUCAGAGAUCUCAACGAGAAGAAUAUCUGCUGUGAAAAAGACUGAUUUCCUUUUUAUAUCAGAUAUGUUAUAUUUAUAUACAAGUCUGUUAAGUCUUAAAAGUAAAAACUUAGACCUACUCUGCAAACAGAAUGAUUUUACAACCACAAUUUAUUAUUUUUAUUUGUAUUUAUUUAUAUUUAUUAAUGAUUUUUUGGGGGUCAGUUGGAUGUUAAUGUUUUAAAUUUUUUAGAUGCGAAGCACCUGAAACUGUCUCACAACUAACUCACAAACUCACCUGCUCACUUUUAGCAGGCUGCAAAUUCUCCAGGUAUGCCACACGUAUAAAGUCACAGGAGCAGCAGUUUAGACCUGCAGAUGUAUUUUAUACAGUCUGUGGUGUAGACCACAGGUCUUCAACAGGGGGUAUGCGACCCCUAGGGGUUCCACAGAGGUGCUGCAGGGGGGUCGCAACGUUUUUGGUUGAUUAGACAAUUUUAAAUUCAUUUUUUUUUCAACAAAUUUUCUUUCCACAAAUUUAAAUGUCUUUAAAUACACAUUAACAUGAAUCUAACAUAGUGUAGCGAACGGAUAAAUGGAGGCAGAAGACGUUAUCUUUCAGUCAGUAAAUUCGGUAUUAAUUAAAUAGCUUAGUAGAGAAUGCACAAUAACAGGGUAUCUAUGUUUAUAUUGGCAUUAGGCACAGUUUAAUAUAAAACACAAUUUUAUACAAUAAAUAUAGUAGGGGGUCCCUGCUCCAUCUCUCCAUCAGUUUGGGAGUCCUUGGCCUGAAAAACGUUGAAGACCCCUGGUGUAGACACGUCAACGUUGCCUCCUACAGACAGAACAAAUAACAGCUGCAGAGAUUUUAACACCUGCAGGCAGUGAGGGGAUUACAGCUGCACUUUCUUUCUUUUUUAUAGUUGCUGUUUAUUUGUGUGUCUUUUUCGGUUUCAUAUUUAACACCUCUGCCUCCAGGUGGGGAAAGUAAGUUUCCUUUUUAUAGAGAGACGGUGCACUUCAAUACCUGCAGGUGCUGCAGCUCUGCAAUCGCACAUUUUCUGCUGGACCUGGCUUUGGGUGCUUUGCAUCAGUGACACUGUGUGUCGUAAUUAAUGUUUUGAUUACAUUAUUAUUUGAUUAUUAUUAUUUAUAUUAUUUUGUUUUGUAAUAAUAAUAAUAAAAUAAUAAUAAUAAUAAUAAUAAUAAUAAUAAUAAUAAAUUGUAUUUGUAAA